AUGGGUUCUCGCCGUUCCUUACUUUUCUUCAUCUUCUUCUUCUUCUUCGCUUCACAUUCUUUCGUUACUUCCAGAAUCUUGCCAGAGAUCUCUGUAACUACUUCAUCGAUUCUCGACGUCGCCGAGUCCAUUCGCAAAACCAAAGAUGCAUCGUCGUUUCAGUUGAACCAGCAAGAAGACCAGACUCACUCGCCAUCUUCUUCCUCUUCAUUUAGCUUGCAGCUUCACUCACGAGCUUCCGUCCGAGGAGCUGAACACCCAGACUACAAGUCUCUCACACUAGCCAGACUCGAACUUUCUUAUGGCGACGGUUCUUACACCGUCGGCGAUUUCGCCACCGAGACGCUCACCAUCGGCUCUGCUUCCGUCGAAAACGUCGCCGUAGGGUGUGGACACAGCAACGAAGGGCUCUUCGUCGGUGCCGCCGGUUUGCUCGGACUCGGCGGCGGGUUGCUCGCUCUGCCGUCGCAGCUCAACACGACAUCGUUUUCCUACUGCCUCGUCGACCGUGACUCCGACUCGGUCUCGACCGUCGAGUUCGGGUCUGAUAUCUCUCGUGACGCCGUCGUGGCUCCGUUGCUUCGUAACCACCAGCUCGACACUUUUUACUACCUCGGACUUACCGGGAUAAGCGUUGGCGGCGAGAUGCUUCAGAUUCCGAUGUCUUCUUACGAGAUGGAUGAGUCAGGCAGCGGCGGGAUUAUAAUUGACUCGGGAACGGCCGUGACUCGUCUCCAGACGGAAAUCUACAACUCGCUGAGAGAUGCAUUUGUCAAGGGGACGACAGAUUUGGAGAGAGCCGCCGGAGUGGCGAUGUUCGACACGUGUUACAAUCUCUCGGCGAAGACAACGAUAGAAGUUCCGACGGUGGCUUUUCACUUCCCCGGCGGGAAGAUGUUAGCUUUGCCGGCGAAGAAUUACAUGAUACCGGUUGACUCGGUGGGGACUUUCUGUCUUGCGUUCGCACCGACGGCGAGUUCUAUGGCGAUCAUCGGAAACGUGCAGCAGCAAGGGACACGUGUCGCUUUUGAUCUGGCGAAUGCCCUCAUUGGAUUCUCGUCAAAUAAAUGCUAG